CUCUUGAUUACGUCAUCAUUGAGCUCGCAAGUGUGGCUGACAAGUGAAAAGCCACACGUUCACGCUCGAAUUUAAUGCUGUUGGGACAAUCGCUUUUCUCCUGUUUGAUCCCAUAAGAUGUCUUCACUCCUCAAGGUGGACAAUGAAAUUAAAACCAAGGUUGAUGCUUUUAGGGAACGAAUUACUUCAGAAGCAGAGGAUCUAGUUGCAAAUUUUUUCCCAAAGAAGUUACUGGAACUUGAUCACUUCCUCAAGGAUCCAAUCAUAAACAUCACUGAACUGAAGGAGAUCCACUCUGAGAUCAAUCUCACAGUGCCAGACCCCAUCCUGCUCUCAAACCUGCAUGACGGACUAGAAGGGCAAAAUGCCAAAAAGAGGAAGCUGGAGGACGGAGGAGAGGACAUGGUGACUGGCACCAAGGUCUUCGUCAUGCCUGGUGGGAUGAUGAAGAGCAACGGGAACCUUGUUGAUCUCAUUGAAAAGGUCAAACCAGAGAUCAGGACGCUCAUAGAGAAAUGUAACACAGUCAAAAUGUGGGUUCAGCUGCUUAUCCCCAGGAUAGAAGAUGGCAACAACUUCGGAGUGUCCAUCCAGGAGGAGACGGUAGCUGAACUCAGGACAGUGGAAGGGGAGGCGGCAUCCUACCUCGAUCAGAUUUCAAGAUACUACAUCACAAGGGCAAAGCUGGUUUCUAAAAUAGCAAAAUAUCCACAUGUGGAGGACUAUCGGCGUACAGUAACUGAGAUUGAUGAGAAGGAAUACAUCAGUCUGAAGAUCAUAGUUUCAGAGCUUCGAAAUCAAUACGUUACGUUACACGACAUGAUCCUGAAGAACAUUGAGAAGAUCAAGAGGCCUCGAAGCAGUAAUGCCGACGCGUUGUACUGAUGUUCAUCCAGCCGUCUCAGCCUCCACCUCCCAUCUCCAUCCACCGUCUCCCCCUGCAGAAGCCUAGCCCCGGUCCACAGGACUACAACCAGACAUUCACUCUCUUCAGUACAAUCAAGUCGGCCCAGUACAGAAACAUAGCCUCCAUUAAUGGACACAACACACUCAUUUUUGUUUUAAUUGUAAAAUAUUUGUCUUGUUUUAAAUCCUUUGAAGACAUAAAUAUUCCCUCAAAGUGGGGAGAUGGAUCCUAGACAACAUAAAGCGCUAUGUAUUUUUUAAUUUUAAUUAAACAUUUUGUCCUCAUAUCUUUGUGAAAUGGCCUCAUUUAUAGCUCUUAUGUAGUUUCUUUCAUGCUUUACUGAAUGUUAACUUGGUUUUUAUGGUUUCAGUCUUGUACAUGAGACUUUUCAGCAGCUGAAGGAUCAUAAUGUCCAAGAUUUGCAACAAAAUGCUGUUUAUUCUUCUUCUGUUCUACAGGUGUUAGAGGUUAUGCAGUGUAGUUGUACCAAAUAAUGAAACUAAGCAGGUUUUAGGUCCACAGGCUUAUUGUUUUCAGUGAAAAUUCAUAAGUCACCAAAGCAUCUUCAAUGUAGAGGCAUGUAUCUAUUGAAUAAAAGUUUUUGAUAAGA